AUGUGCAGGGAGGUGUACGGGGAGAUACCCAUAGAGCAGUACGGGGACAUGUGCAGGGAGCAGUGUAGGGAGAUGCUGGCUGCGAGCAGCUUGGGUGCGUGCGGGGCUCUGUCCCGGGCUCUGUCCCGGGCUCUGCCCCGGCCCGGCUCGGCCCUGGCCCCGCUGGCGCAGCGCCGGGAGCGGCCGGCAGGGGGCGCGCCGCGCCCUCGGUGCGCGGGCNCCGUGCCGGCGCGGCGUCGCGGAGGGCAGCGGGUGGGGAGGGCAGCCCGGGAGAGCUGCCGGAGCCGCCGGGCCGGGCUGCGGCGGGAGCUGCCCGGCGCAGGGGUGGGGACUGGCCGCUUCCUUAAACGGCGCGGGACCGGCGGAGCGAGCCCGCACCGCCCCGGUGCGCCGGGCCGCGCCGACCCUCCCGGGACGCGGCCGCAACACGUGGAGCGAACUUUUGAGGGACGCGUGUCUGCGCCGGACGGGAGCCCCGCCGCCCGGGACCGCAACGCUGCACGGAGCAAGCUCGUCUCUCUCCGGGCAAAGAGAAAGGGUAGGAAAAAUCCCACCGUGAUCAAUACCGGCUUAAAUACCCAUCUGCGAGUCCCUCGGCUGCGGGAGGCAGAGAGGGGAGCGCGGCCGCCCGCCCGCUGCCGCUGCUCCCGCUCGGCUGCGGCUCAGCCCGAGCCCUUCCCGUGCGGAUUCCCGAGGACCUGCGGCUCUGGGCGGGGAGGCGGCGGCGGGGGCCCACCAGCCCCUUUCCCGUGCCCCCCUCCACUCAGAGCAGGUAACGGAGGGGCUCGGGAUUUUCUGUUUGGUGUUUUCGCUCCCGCCUCUCCGCGCACGAAGUUCCCGCAGGAGCGGGAUCAGCGGUGCCGAGUCACGAUGGGCGUCGGGGCCCGGCCCGAGGUGCGGGACCGGCUCCGGGAGCCGGGACCGAGACAGCUCUCAAGUUCGGGGAGGGGGCGGCGCGGAUCGCUGCCUUCCUCGGCCGGGGGAAUGAUCCCCCUCCGGCGGGGUCCCCGAUGGCCCCGGGGCGGGGGCUCUGCGCCGCCGGGGGUUUCGUUAAAGAUAGCGGUGAGUAGUGGUCGCCUGCGCCUGAUGGGCGAGCUGAGGGCUGGGUCUUUGCGGGCGAGAUGAGAGGUUCGUGUCUUCAACUGGCCUACAAAGUCCCAGUUCUCGGCUCCCGGGACCUGCCGGGCGCGCAGCGGGCGAAGACGGAGCGCGGCGGCGCCGCCGGCGCUGCCCGGGGCGGCUCGGG